AUGUGGCGAUCCAGAGUAAUAGCACGAAGAGUUCGAUCUAUCAGAGGAUUCUCGCAUUCCAAAUCCGAUUUUCCACAAUUGCAUUCUCAGGUACACAACCUUCAAACCCUAGCAUCAUAUCGCCACCUGGAGAAUUUCAGAUCAAAAGAUCUAUUUACACAAUCAAACGCCAUUAGAUUCUUUAGUUCCAGUUCGACAGAUUCAGUUGCGGAUGCUGAAGUGAGUACCGGUAACAACAGUGAUGUAAUUGGGGCUGAAAACGAAAACAAUGAUAGCUUCAGUUUUGGAGAAAUGUGGAAGGAUGGUAUUAACGAGGCUAAUAGCGUGUUAGAAAUGGAUGUUUCUGAUUCGGAAAUUAAGGAAUCGAUAGAAGUAGUUACUGAAGAAACGCACGAGGUUGAUAUCGAUGAAUUACAGAGAGUGCUAUCUCUUCUUAAAAUCAGAGAUGGUGAUUCUGAUGUUAUUACUGUGUCCUUAGAAUCGAAACUAGAUGAUAUGAAUUUGAAUCUGAACGAAGAGUUUGUGGUGAGAGUUAUAGAAACUCCACAUAUUCAUGGGGAGAAUUUGAUUGCUUUCUUCAAGUGGGCUACUGGAGUGAACAAUGGAGAAGUGUUCUCUGUUACAACAAGGUCUCUCGAUGCACUUGUGAAGGCUGUUUGCAAAGAGCUCAAAAAGAAGGUUGCUUAUAGUUUGUGGGAUUUUAUUAAGGAUCUGGGUGUCAAAGAAAACAAUGUUUUGACCACAGAGAUGCUCAAUUCUCUAAUCUCUGUGUUUUCAAGAUUGGGUAAAGGAAUGGCUGGGUUUGAAGUUUUCAACAAGUUUGAAGAUUUCUCAUGUCCAACAAAUGCAGAUUCAUAUUAUUUCACCAUUGAAGCGCUUUGUAGGCGAUCCAUUUUCGACAGAGUUGGUUUAGUUUGUGAGAGAAUGCUCAGUGAAGAUAAACUACCUGAAGCAGGAAAACUUGGAAGCAUCAUAUCUUAUUUAUGCAAAGCUGGAAUGGUGAAAGAAGCUCAUUCUGUUUAUUUAUCAGCAAAAGAAAAACAAAAAUUCCCACCUCAACCAUCUGUUAACUUUUUAAUCACUUCUCUCUGUGAUCGAAAGAAAGUAGAUUCGGAUUCUGUCCACUUAGCUUUAAAGAUGUUGGAUGAUUUCAAUGGAGAAAAACAGAAACACGCAAUCAAACAGUUUUCUUGUGUGAUUCAAGGGCUGUGUAGAGUUAACGAUUUUGAAGGGGCAAAAACUUUGUUGUCCAAAAUGAUCGAUGAAGGUCCACCUCCUGGAAACGCAGUGUUCAAUACUAUCAUCAAUGGGCUUUCUAAAUCAGGAAAUAUGGAAGAAGCUAUAAAGACAAUGAGGAUAAUGGAAGGUAGGGGAUUAAAGCCUGAUGUGUUUGCUUACAGUGUGAUCAUGAGUGGGUAUGCAAAAGGUGGUGAAAUGGAGGCAGCUGAGAAAAUGUUGGUGGAGGCAAAGAAGAGCCACUGUAAGCUGACACCUGUCACAUAUCAUACAAUGAUUCGUGGGUAUUGUAAGCUUGAGAAAUUUGGACAGGCUGUGAAGCUGUUGAAUGAGAUGGAAAGUUAUGGGGUUAGGGCUAAUAGUGAUGAGUAUGGUAAGUUGAUUCAGUCUGUUUGUUUGAAGGCUGCUAAUUGGAGAAUGGGUGAGAAGUUAAUGGAGGAAAUGGAAAGGAAAGGUUUACAUCUUAAUGGGAUUACUAAAUCACUUGUGAGAGCUGUUAAAGAGUUGGAAGAAGAGGCAAAAGCGACUGAAAAUGUGAGUGUUGAAACAUGA